AUGCAUAUUUCCAAUCUUAUAGCUCUUGCUAUAUUGCCUUCAGCUUAUGGACAGCUCAAUACGCUUGCCAAGGCUGCGGGUCUUACAUACUUUGGUUCCGCCACAGACAAUGGUGAACUUACCGAUAAGCAAUAUACUGCUAUUCUCUCCAACAACACCCAAUUCGGACAGAUCACACCUGGAAAUACACAAAAAUGGGUCUACACGGAACCCACGCAGAACAAAUUCAGUUAUACUCAGGGAGAUGUGGUUGUCGAUUUCGCAGAGAAGAAUGAUCAGAUUCUUCGAUGCCAUAAUUUGUGUUGGUAUAAUGAGUUGCCUAAUUGGAUUACCUCGGGCACGUGGACAAAUGCUACUUUGAUUGCAGUCUUGAAGAAUCAUAUCAAAAAUGAAGUGACUUACUACAAGGGCAAAUGCUACGCCUGGGAUGUCGUUAAUGAGGCAUUCAAUGAUGAUGGUACCUGGCGCUCGUUUGUCUUCUAUGAUAUAAUUGGUCCCGAAUACAUCGCAAUUGCAUUCGAAACCGCCGCACUCUAUGACCCAGACGUCAAGCUUUACUACAACGAUUACAACAUCGAGUCAGCGGGUGCCAAAGCCACAUCGACCCUCAACCUCGUCAAAUCACUGCAAGCACGCGGGAUCAAGAUCGACGGAGUAGGUCUCCAAGGGCACUUCAUCGUAGGAUCCACGCCCAGCGAAAGCAGCCUCGCCACGACCCUAAAAUCCUUCACCGCGCUCAACGUCGAUGUCGCCUACACAGAACUCGACGUGCGCUUCACCACUCUACCUCCCACCGCGGCCGGUCUCGCGCAACAAGGAAUCGACUACGCCAAUACCGUCAACGCAUGUCUCAGCGUCGAUGGCUGCGUCGGUCUCACCAUCUGGGAUUACACGGAUAAAUAUUCGUGGAUCCCGUCUACGUUUACCGGGCAAGGCGAUGCGUGUCUCUGGUAUGCUGACUAUACCGUUCACCCGGCCUACAACAAUGUCGUUGCGGCUCUGGCUUCCGCUGCUGGAAGGGGUUCUACACCUGUGAAAGUGAGUAUCUCCAGUGCGGUUUCAAGUUCUACUCAUACUGCUGCGCUUGUCGUUGUUAGUUCUAGUUCUAGUUCUGUGCUUCCAUCUUCAGUUACAGAAAUCGCUGUUUCUUCAGCUGUAAUUUCUUCUUCUUCUUCCCCCUCCUCUUCUUCAACACCUGCACUUUCAGUUGUAGAUUCCUCAUCAGUUUCUCCUUCCUCAAGCACCACACUAAAAAAAUGCACAAAGACAACCUCAACCCCAGCCUCAACCCCAACCACAAUCACAAAAUCAAGCACGAGCACUACAUCCUCAACUACACCUACUGGAACAGGAGGUGCAGGUACAAUCGCAUUAUAUGGACAGUGCGGGGGACAAAGCUGGACGGGAGGCACGGUGUGUGUCGCGGGCAGUACGUGUAAGGUGCAGAAUGAUUGGUAUUCGCAGUGUGUUGGGAAUUAG